GACCCCCGGUUUAUGAGAAUUCUGGCUCAGUAUAUCGGUUUACGGUCCCCUCUCAACCCUGAAAAGAGAGGGGCGGGACGGGCAGCGGGGAUUGAGGGGAAUCACAGGCGGGCAGAAGGCAGGGUACUCAGACUCCUGGGUGGCGCUUGGAAAUCCUUGAUUAGCUCGGGAACUAUCCCCCGAAGGGCGAUGACUACCGUUACCGGCUCGGGCGAGGGCUUCGGCUCCGUGGCCUGGUGGGGCCUGUCACCAGCGCUGGAUCUACAGGCCGAAUGCCCUCCCGAUGCCUCCAGCCCCGGGGACCCCCCGGAACUCAACAUUCUUCUCCUGGGCUCGGUGGACGCACGGCAUAUCCUGCGGACCCUGGCCCAGGCUCCGCGCUGGCCCCUUCGGGGGCUCAACUUCUUCGUACUGGAGAACAACCUGGAGGCGGUGGCCCGCCAAAUUCUGAUCCUCAACCUGGCCUUCGAGCCUCCAGAGAAGAUGGGCCUUCAAGAAAAGAGCGAGACGUUCUUGGAGCUAUGGGGGAAUGGGCUCGUGCGGACCCAGGUGGCCGAGUACGUUCGAACUCAGUCCCAGCGCAUGCGCCGCCUCUUGCCUGAGCCGGAUGACUUGGCGGCUCAGCUUCCCCACCUCAGCCUGGAAGCGCUCAAGUUCCGGGAGCGGGACGCCCUGGAGGCCGUGUUCACCUUCUGGGCAGCCUCCGAAGCCGAGGCCUCCUUCCCCCUGAGCCGCUUGUGGGACUCUCGACUCCGAGGAUACCUGGGCUCCCGCUACGAUGCCCGGCUGGGGGUCAGCGACUGGGACUUGCAUAUGAAGCUGCAUGACCGAGGGGCCCGGGUCAUCAACAGCCGAGAGUUUCGUCGCUGGCGGGAAACCAGUGUGGCCUUCGAGAUUCGGGAUGCUUCGGCCUAUCAACUCCCAAACCGGACCCUGGCGUCCGGGCGUCUGAUGAGCCAUCGUGGAGAGCGCGUGGCUGUGCGAGGCUAUUGGGGGGACGUGGCUACCGGCCCCUUCGUGGCCUUUGGCAUCGAGUCAGACGAUCAGAGUCUCCUGCAGACCCGCAACGGAACCCCCAUCAAGUGCGCUGGUGAGAUCUCCUUGCACAAUGUCACCUCGCUGUUUCGAAGCCUAGUGGCAGCCCGGGAGGAGGUGUCUGGGGCCGAACCUGAGGUCGAGGCGGAGGCCGGGGCCCCGGGUUCUGAUCCCGAGAGCUCCAGACCUUUCCGGGUCCACUUCCUGCCCCUGGGGGCCGCCCCGAGCCUGCACCAUCGAAAUCACUUCCGCAGCCGCUUCCACCUUCUCUACGUGUCCUGCGGAUCCAGGAUGGUUCACCAGCUGAGCCCGGAGCUCGGGGCCUGCGUGGCUCCUGGGGGACGCCUGAUGGUGGAAUUGGCCAGUGUUCCCAGAGGAGCCUGAGGAGAGCAGAGGCUAGCGGACCCCAGCCCCCCAAGGUCAUCCCGGAGACUCGUCCAGUGCUCUUCCGA